AAUCACUUUUGAUUCUCUCAGAUUUUUAUAGCCAGAAGCUGUUAAUAUCAUAUUUAUAAAAAAAAACUCGAGUUGUUUGAGUAAAAAGAAUCCAAUAAAAUAACAUUGCUAUAAUUUCCAAAUUCGCAAGCAAAUUGACUGACUAACUUUAGACCAAUCAACUGUUGUUUACGGCAAAAAUAAAAACAAAUUAGACUUAAUUACAAUAAAUAUUAUAUAUGUAUAAGUGCAUUUGAAAUAAGUAACGUUUGCUUAGCGGCAUAUAAAUAACUGUACAGUUAGCUGUAAGUAAGUAAUGAUAAGUGUAUAUAAUAAAUGAGAAAAAUGGUAAAAGCUUUAAUUAACUGUUUAGUGAAAGAGUAUAUAUAUAUGUAUACAAACAGAACACAAAUAUGCAAAUAAGUGCGCAGUAAAUAAAUAUGAAAUUUAGAAAAAUAAUUAAGUGAAACGUUUUGCGGUAAAAUAUCAGUGCAAAAAAUGUUUUGAGGUUAGCGAAAAAAAUUAGAAAAAAAAUUAAAUAUAAAAAGUAAUAAAAUAUAUAUAUAUAAUAUAAAUCAUAUAUACAUAUAUUUAAUAAUAAACCGCAUAUUAUAUCAACCGUAACGGUGAAAAGUGUUAGCUAAUAUGUAAAGUAAGCCACACAAAUAUUUACCGUUAAAUUAAUGCGAAAAUAAAUAAGCAACAAACUAACCAAUAAUCAGCUAAUGAAAUCAGAAGUCAAUUAAAGCGCCCAGCAAAAGUUUUGUGGGCGCGCAAAAAAAAUAAAAUAAAAUAAAAUAAGGAAUUAUGCAUAAAUAAGUAACAACAACUAAAAAAAGUAAAUAAUGCAAUUAGUCUAAUUUUAAAUUAAAUAAAUAUUAAUUUUUGUCCAAAAAUCCAAAAAAAGCCAAAACCAAAAAAAGUUUUAGAGCAAUUGCUGUGAAAGCUGAAAGGCCAGCAUAAAUUUGUUAGCGUAAAUCAAUUAAGCACAAUUUGUUUUCAUAAUUUCCAUGCAAUAAAAACAAAUAAUAACACAACAACAAAAAAUUUACAACAACAAUAAUAACAGCCAAACCAACUGCAGCAAGCUUUCCGUAUUUCCGUAAAAUAAAUUCAGCGUGCGCGUGUGUUUGUGUUUAACAGCAAAUAUAAAAUAAAACAACGGUACUCAGCGUGUUUUUAAGUGCAUACUUAAAUAAACACAAAAAUCGUAAUUAAUUCAAUUUGUUUGUGUGAAAGUGUUAAGUGUAAAGCGCUUCAGGUAAAUUCCGAAAUGGCCAGCGGACUAGCCGCGCGGCGAGCAAUGGUGGCAAUAAUAAAAUAAAAUUUCAUGCUGCUACGCUAAAUUAAACUAGCAGCAGCAGCAGCAGCUGAAAAUAUUGCUUUAUUUCGCAAACUUAAUGAAUAGAUUUGCGAGCUUUUGGGAGCGAGCGAGCGUGCAAUGCAAUAAACACAGAGAUACGCACAUGCAGACAGAUUUGUUGUUGUACGUAGUUGUGUUUUUUACGUGUGUAGUAAGUGUAGUUUUAACGAUUUUAGGCGAAUAUAUGUGCUUAGGCAUACUAACUCAGUGUUUAAAUGUAUGAAAAUGUGUAUGUGCCUGAAAGUAUGCUACAAAAAAAUUAAUUUGAUAAAAAUAUGUUAUAAAACAGCGCUAAAAGUAUGAAAAAAAUCUGAAAAUAUACAACAAAAUAUUGCAAAAAAUACGAAAAUCAAUUCAAAUUAAUUAAAAAAAAAUUAGAAUUUUUAUUAAAAAAAAUAAAAAUAAAAUCUUCAACUUAAAAAAAAAUUGAAAAUAUACUCAUAUAUGUCUGCCAACAAACUGUCAUCUUAGUUUGCACUAGCUAGUUGUUGUAGCUGUUUAAUGUCGCACACUCUCAAAGUAGCCUCUAAAGCAACUUCUAAUCGCAACAAAUGCAAUUAAACCUACUAUUAGCAACUAAAAUAUGCAAUUGAAAAGCUUGCUGAAUGUUCCUGGAAAAUAAAUAAACAUAAAAUAAAAAUAUUCAAUUAUUUAUUAAAUAUAAAAAAUCCUAAUCAAUAAAUAUAAAUGUUAAAGAUAAUUUAAAAAAAUAUUUAAAUAAAUUGUAUCACAAAAAUCCAUUAAAAAAAUAAAUAAUCAGCGUCUAGCGCUUAGCUGCAAGUGUAUGCCAUAAUUUCCUAGUCAAACUACAAUACUCUGUAGCGUCUCACACACACAACUCCGCCACACUCACACACACACAACGUCACAAGCGCAUCAAUAUGCCGUUAUCUGUGUCUCAAUGUACAUAAUAGCCGUUUGUGCUCGUAUAUGUGUGUGUCUACUUCAUGCUGUGCAAUGCCGAUUAGCAUAUUUGGUAAGCGUCUAACGGCCGCCCAACAACGUGUAAAUGCAACGAAAAAGACGACAACAAAGGUAGCCGAAUGGUUUGUCGUUCGCGCCGAGGAGAGUAAACGUAAAAAGCGCGUUGAACGCCAACGUCAGCAACAGCGUCAGCGACGCGGCGCCAAAGUGUUUCGCUGCGUCAGCGAUUCCACCGGCCAUCUCACGCUGGCGCCGUCACGCCUCUUCGAGAAGACACCGAUGAGCCCGUCCGACAGUCUCGAUGAAAUCGCACUGCAAAUACCAAGAGUCCGUGUGGAAUAUUACGUAAACGAAAACACAUUCAAAGAAAGACUGCAACUUUACUUCAUUAAGAAUCAGAGAUCAAGCCUACGAAUACGAAUUGCCGACUUGUUUUUUAAGUUACUAGCAUGUGUUCUGUACAUAUUACGUGUGAUAACGGAUACGAAUCCAACCUUUGCAACGUGUUAUGGCUGCUCAGUGAGCAAUAAAACUGAGUUCCUCGUUUCGGCCCAAUUAACUGAGGAGGAAUUCCAGGAGAAUCCCAUUAUAAAUUGGGAAGCUAUCUUAUGGGUGAAUCGGCCCACAAUAUUGUGGGCAGCGCAAUUAAUAUUAGCAUUAGUAUCUCUCACAGAGGCCGUACUACUAACAUAUCUAGGCUAUAAGGGAAAUAUCUGGCAACAGAUUCUUUCGUUUCAUUUCAUUCUAGAAUUAAUUACGACAAUACCAUUUGCAUUAACGAUACUAUGGUCGCCUUUAAGAAACUUAUUCAUACCCAUAUUCCUCAAUUGCUGGCUGGCGAAGCGAUCGUUGGAGAAUAUGUUCAACGAUCUGCAUCGCGCCAUGCAAAAGUCGCAAUCCGCACUCUCGCAACAGCUCACCAUACUCUCCGCCACGUUGCUGUGUCUGGUGUUCACAAGCGUCUGUGGCAUACAGCAUUUUCAACGCGCCGGUCAUCGUCAUCUGAAUUUGUUCCAGAGCACGUAUUAUGUGGUUGUGACAUUCUCAACAGUCGGUUAUGGCGAUUUCGUGCCCGAUAUAUGGCCCUCACAGCUUUAUAUGGUGAUUAUGAUUUGCGUAGCACUUAUUGUGCUGCCGACGCAGUUCGAGCAAUUGGCCUUCACAUGGAUGGAACGCCAGAAAUUGGGCGGCAGCUACUCAUCGCAUCGCGCGCAAAGCGAAAAACACGUCGUCGUCUGCUCGACCACACUGCACGCGGACACAAUCAUGGACUUCCUCAACGAAUUCUAUGCGCACCCGCUGCUGCAGGACUACUAUGUGGUGCUGCUCAGCCCCAUGGAGUUAGACACCACCAUGCGCAUGAUAUUACAGGUGCCGAUUUGGGCGCAGCGGGUCAUUUAUAUUCAGGGUUCCUGUUUAAAGGAUGGCGAUUUGGCACGUGCGCGCAUGAAUGAGGCCGAGGCUUGUUUCAUACUCGCCGCACGCAAUUAUGCCGAUAAGACUGCAGCCGACGAGCAUACGAUAUUGCGUUCGUGGGCGGUUAAGGAUUUUGCGCCGAGUGUGCCGCAAUAUGUGCAAAUAUUUCGACCGGAGCACAAGCUGCAUGUGAAAUUCGCAGAGCAUGUCGUCUGCGAGGAUGAAUUCAAAUACGCGCUGUUAGCCAACAACUGUACCUGCCCCGGCGCGAGUACACUGGUCACAUUGCUGUUGCACACGUCGCGAGGACAGGAAGGUCAACAAUCACCGGAGGAAUGGCAUCGCCUCUAUGGCAAGUGUUCCGGCAACGAGAUCUAUCACAUUGUGCUCGGCGACAGUCGCUUCUUCGGCGAGUAUGAGGGCAAAAGUUUCACUUAUGCCAGCUUUCAUUCGCAUCGAAAGUAUGGCGUUGCACUGGUGGGUGUUCGUCCAGCUGAGCUGCCGGAAUUCUACGAGGACACCAUACUAUUGAAUCCGGGGCCGCGGCAUAUCAUGAAGAAGGACGACACGUGCUAUUAUAUGAGCAUCACAAAGGAGGAGAAUUCGGCCUUUGUUGUCAAUCAAAAUCAGAAUCAAAAUUUGGAUACACAAGCGACGACAAAGGACGGUGUUAGCACAACAACAAUAAACAACAACAAUACUACAAUCACCACGAAUAGCAUCAAUGUGAAUAUGAAUGCAACAUCUACCACAACAACAACACCGGCGACCACUAUUAGUACAACCACAUCAACGUCAUUGAAUCGCACAGCACCGGUGCCAUCGGUUUGUGUACGCGUACCGCACAGUCCAAGCCUGGACUCGGGACGCGGUGUUGGCAUCUAUGGCGGCUGCGGCGGUGGCACACCCAUGGCCGAUAGAUAUCCACCAACAUAUAGUGAUAGUGACCUAACGACACUAUUCGUGCCAACUGAUAAUCUAACGUCUGUGAUAAUCUCAGAUUCGAAGCAGAAUCUCAAGGAUACAACGGUGACAUCGAUGAAUGCAACGCAAACACCCUCAGCCACGACAACAACCACAGUCACCACAACGAUACCGCCAAUGUUGGGCGGCGGUGGCAGCAGUGGCGGCAAUGGUUUGGGCUACAGUGGUGGCAGCAGUAGUGGUGGUGGUGUUGGUGGCGGCGGCGGUCUCAGUGUUGCAACCGCCACGUUAACGACUAGCAAUCACUUGGAUGUGCCACAAGCGGGGAAUCCAAAUCUACUUAGCCCCGAUGUGCUCAAUCAGCGUAGAGGCAGUCGCCGCCCAUCCAUUUUACCCGUACCGGAUAUGUUCACCUCAUCAUCGUUCAGCAUAUCAGGCAACGACGACGGCGAAGAAGGCGAUGAGAGCGAAGAUGAGAUCGAUGAUGAUGUACCUUGGCGUUCGCCGUCUGAGAAAAUAGCUGCGCUGAGCGGUCACUUUCCGCAAUCACGCACCUAUUCGCUGAUCAUGAGCUCGUCGGAGGAUUCGAAUAAUCAGUGUUGUUGCACGAGUCAACCGCACUUGCAGGGCGGCGAGUCGCGUUAUCGCAUGCUGGCGAAAAGCUUCAGCUGCGACAGCGACUGUCGACGCGUGUUGCCGUGCAAUUUCGUGCGUCGCAAUCGUGCACUCGCCCAGAUCGUCGGUGAUGCCGCCACGGAUGCUGGCGGCGACACUUAUUGUUCACUUUGCUCCACCAACACCUGGAUACCGGCCACGACGGCGACUACGACGACUUUCUCGACGACGGGCACUCAACGCACCGCAGCCACGUCGAGCAGCUCGACUUCGGGCGGCGGUUGUUGCGGUGCUGGUGGUGGCGGCGGCGGCAAGUCGGCACGCCCUAUCUGGGCUAUGGAUUAUUUGCGCAUCGUUAAGGGUUUCCCACCCGUCUCGCCAUUCAUCGGUGUUAGUCCGACGCUUUGUUAUUUGCUCAAGGAGAAAAAGCCAUUGUGUUGUCUGCAGCUGGCACAGGUCUGCGAGCACUGUAGCUAUCGCAAUGCCAAGGAGUAUCAAUGGCAAAACAAGACGAUUAUCCUGGCAGCGGAUUAUGCAUCGAAUGGCAUUUACAACUUUAUCAUACCGUUACGUGCGCACUUUCGUUCGAAAACGUCAUUAAAUCCGAUUAUAUUGCUGUUGGAGCGUCGACCGGAUGUGGCCUUUCUCGAUGCACUCUCCUACUUUCCGCUGGUUUACUGGAUGCUUGGUUCCAUCGACUGUUUGGAUGAUCUGCUGCGCGCCGGCAUCACCUUAGCCGAGAGUGUUGUGGUGGUGAACAAAGAAUUGUCCAACUCGGCGGAGGAAGACUCGUUGGCCGAUUGCAACACCAUAGUCGCUGUACAGACCAUGUUCAAAUUCUUUCCGAGCAUCAAGAGCAUAACCGAACUCUCACAGAGCUCCAACAUGCGUUUCAUGCAGUUCCGUGCGCACGACAAAUAUGCGCUACAUCUGAGUAAAAUGGAGAAGCGCGAAAAGGAGCGCGGCUCGCAUAUUUCCUACAUGUUUCGCCUGCCUUUCGCUGCCGGCGCCGUCUUUAGCGCCUCCAUGCUGGACACACUGCUUUAUCAGGCCUUCGUCAAGGACUAUGUGAUCACAUUUGUGCGGCUGCUGUUGGGCAUCGAUCAGGCACCGGGCAGUGGCUUUUUGACAUCGAUGCGCAUCACCAAAGACGACAUGUGGAUACGCACCUAUGGUCGCUUGUAUCAGAAACUCUGUUCGACAACUUGCGAAAUACCGAUCGGCAUUUAUCGUACUCAGGACACAUCGAAUACGGAAGCAUCACAUGUGAGUAAUUCACCUGUAGAGAAGUGGGGACCGUUUUCCGCUUUCGGAAAGCACUGUGUGCGCUUGCGACCAUCGUACGACGAAGAAGCGGGUACACCCGAUUCGACGAAGGACAGCAGCGAGGUCCUUCGUGGCGUCACCUACCGACCGCCAUCGGAAUCUGGUCAUCAUCACCAAAGCCAUCCAUCACAACACAAAUCCACCACCUGUCUGGGUGGCUGUUCGGAACGGAAGGGUUCAUCAUCUUCUAUGUUUUUUCAGUAUUCGAUCAAUUUGGCCGACGAGGCGCGCAACAAUCAUGCGCAACAGAUCGAACGCGCCGAAAUCGCGAAUUUGGUGCGCAGUCGUAUGGAGUCGUUGAAUUUGCCGACAAUCGACUAUGACGAUGUUAGCGAGAAGCGUAAUCAUCUAUCGUAUGUGAUAAUCAAUCCGAGCUGUGAUCUGAAGUUGGAGGAGGGCGAUGUCAUCUACUUGGUGCGGCCGUCGCCGUUUUCAGCGCAAAAAACCUUCGAACGUCACAAUUCACGCCGCAAAUCAAACAUAUCCUUCUGUUCGAAUAUCAAUUUGGGUGCUGCUUGCGGUCCAACCGUUAGCGCUGCGACCGGUGCUGGUUCGCGUCGCGGCUCCGGCAUAGCGGGGCUGAAUCCGAUGCAAAUGCAAAGCGUACAGACGUUGGCCGGGUAUGGUUCGCCACGCUGCUCGCCGCCCAUACAACAAAUUAAAUCCAAUUCUCUUUCUCUACCCGACAGUCCGACGGUUGUUGGCACACAGCGCGGCCGGAGCAAUUCAUUGCGGAUCGACAAUGAUAUUCUGCUACGGCGUUCCUCAUCGUUACGGCAAGGCUUACCGAAUGUCGGUGUUAGUCAUGGUCGUCGUAAGUCCUCGUUGGAGGAAAUCGGCAUUAGCCAUUUUACGACGCUAAUGCAAGCAACGAAUCACACGAAUCCCAUAAAAAUUGCACUCAACGGCAGUAUCGGACUGGAGUCCAAACCUAAUUCUUUGUACUUUCAAUAUCAGGUCACACCACCCGAAGAACCAACACCCAUCUUAGGUGUACCCUGUAUUGUGGCCGGUGGUCCCGGUGGUGGCAUCAAUCCCUCGGCUCUAGGUGGUUCCACUCUGGGUGGCGGUUCAUCGCUGGCCAUUAAUACUGCCGAUUUGUGCGCAUCACCCACAUCGAGUAACAACAAUUCACCGCUACAAGUGCCACAACAGGAUUCACAACAAUCCGGACAAAUGCAAUCACCGCAACAUUUACAAGGGACAAUUGUAUGAUACAACCUUAUGUGGGGUCGCAGACUCCGCUCGUCGAUAUCGAAGAAAAACAAAUGGAUAUAAUAUAAGUAGAAAUCGGAGCGGUGCUAAGGCGUGCCGAAACGCCAGUACGUCUGAUCAGAACGUCGGCUAUCGUUACUGCAGCGGAGUCCAAACAAAAGUCGAGUAGUUGGGAGAACACAUACUCACACAUAACAGCACGUAUAGUUAACUGCAGCAGAGAUAGCAGCAUAGUAGUUUCGCACACCAUAUAUUGUAAAUAUGUAUAGAUUAUUAGCCGAUAGUGUAAGUCGAAGUGUAAAUCGCUAAAUGUAGCCGAAGCAUUUCGGCAUUGUGGUAGUGUGUGGAAAUCCGUUAAUGUGCAACGAUUUCAAAGAAAUAUAUAUUUUGCUAAGAAAUACAUAUAUAUAAAACACUUACCUUAAGCUUCGUUUGUAGUGAUCAAUUGAUUAACUGUACAUAAAGUGGCUCGUUCAAUUGUAGUAGUAUUAGGGUAAGCCUAAAGUUACUUCAUUAUAAAUAUUUAUUAUAUGCAUUGUGAAUGUACAAUAUUAAAUACAUAUAUCGUCUUAAGUUUGUAGAUAACGCUUCAUAUCUAAUAAAAUUUAUUCAUUUCAUAAAUAAUACAUUUUUAUAUAGAAAACUUUUUUAUUUGAAUUUUACUUCUUUUAAAAAAUUUUAAUUUUUUUUUGGAAAGUUUCUUCUUAAGACCUUACCAAAUAUUGAUAUAUAAGAGCUAUAGAUUAUUAUUUGUUUUUUUCUAAAUUUGGGAGAGUCUAAAUCGGUGUUUUAAUUUUUCUUAUAGUACAUCUAAUCCUCACGAGAGCAGAGUAAGAUCUCUUGAAUAAUGUUUCCAUCUAUAUUUCAAGCAUCCAAAUUACUCUUUUUUACACAAAAGGGCAGACAUAUAAUGUCAGAUAGAAGUCAUUUUGAGUUUAGCUUGGAGCUCUUUAACAACGAAAAAAUAAUCGGAGUAAUUCAAAUGGUAGAAGUCCCAUUUUCAAAAAACAUAAUUCUAAGUCCAGCGCCCACUUAGAAAAAAAAUAUAGAUGGUUAGAGAUUGGUCUAUUUCAGCAAUUAUAUCUUAUCAGUACACAAAAUAUAACGUUCGUAUUUUCCUUUCGUAAGAUUAUCUGAACUCAAGAAUGAUAGAAGACAAGAUUACGUCAUUCGUUUACAGUUAGCAGUUUUGGAUUUUAAUUUCCUAUUGAGUGACGCACUCACGACCCCCAAACACGCGAGCAAAACAAAAAAAAGAAAGAAAAAUUGACAAAUUACACGGUAGUACAGAAUAAUAAAACCACAACAAAGAGCUGAAGUCAAGGCUAGAGCUUAAUUAUUAUUUAAAAUUCUAAGUGAAAAAUGUAUUAACUUGAAAAAGAAGUCUGAAAAGGCGGAAUUAAACAACAAUAGUACAAAAAAGUUUUUUUCACUUUACCAACCAACAAAAAAGUUGGCAAAAUGGCGAACUUUUUGUAACAAAACAUAUAAUUUUAAUUAGAAAUGCGCAUUAUUAUAUUGGAUCAUUUUAUAGAUGACGAUUUUCACGUUCAUUGUGAUAUUUUAUCAGCACAUUAUUCAAUUUGGUUAACUGCAUAUGUACAUUUCUGUUUUCCAUUUGACAAUUCUUCUGUUGCCUAUUCCCAUUCGAGGGUCGUGAGCGCGUCACUAUGUCGCAAUCUUGCCUUCUACCAUUCUUGAUCUGAACUAUAAUAAUUUUGACAUUAAAGAAAUAUCGAAUUCAUUGGGUUUCUUUUUUAUUGUUAUUUCGCAGUCGUCAGAGAUUUGAUGUGUCUUUAGUACUCGCAGAAUGCAUGUUGUGCUCCUAGAAUGGAGCCGUAAAGCUGGUGAUCCCAUUAUCUGCUCUCGCAAAUCAUAAUGCCUCCUCCCCAAUCUAUAUAUAAAAGCUCUGAAGAAUGUCAGAACUCCAUCACAUGAGCAAUUGGCUUGGUUAAUGAUCCAUAUUAUAAAUCUUAGAACUUAGACUUAUUUAAAGCACUGUCUCCUUAUAGUCUUGUCCAGAAAAAUAUUACUUACCGAUCUAUAAAAAAACGUUGUGUUUAUAUCUUAUAUUCACAAAAUUUUAAUUUGUUACAGUAGACCUGACUGUAGCGAAUCUGUAUAGCUUUCAUUAGAACAUACCUAAUUCAAAAGUAAAUAUGCGAACUAGCAUGUCAACAAGGAAUUUUAAAAUUUGUUGUAGAUUUUUAUAUAAGUUAUUUUGAAAACAAACACAAAAAAAUUUUAGAAAACAUAAGCUUCUUCAAAAAAAAGAUAAAAAUUCAUUAUAAAAACCAUGUAAUCAAAUUGUACAAACAAAUGGUGAACUAAUAAUAGCCAAAGCACAAAACAUACUGUAAAUGUAAUUAAUUAGAAUUUAAGUAGAAAACAAAAACCCGAUAUAACUGUAUUUAUAAGAAUAUCGGUAGUAAUUAAGAAUUUUAGAUUACUUUUCUCGAUGUCUUUCUGGUAUAAAUUUUGUUUAAUUCAUCUUUUUCAUCAUCGACUAAACAUUUAAAUAGUUUGGAUUAUUUCAAAAUGAUCAAAUUCUACCGACUUAAAAUCCUUUGCAAUCAGGAUCAGAAUUGUUCAUCGAAACCUAUUUGUUCUCUUGCGUGGGCUUCAACAUUACUUUUAGUUUCAUAACGGAGAAGCUAAUCGAUACUAGAGAUCUAACACAUAUUCAUUGAUUAGCUUUUCCAUUAUCAAUUUUAAAGCAUAAAACUAGGAACAUGAGUUAAUCUAUUAUCUGCCCCCCAUUAAAAUAACUGGAUCCAGAUUGUAUUAUAACUUCAGAACAUUAUUUUGCUUACCCUAUAAAGGUACUCUCCUAACGAUUAGAUUCACAUUAACUUUUCUAUAUACAUUUAAUAUUAAAUAGUCGACCUACUUUUAGGAAAGCUGUGGUAUGGUUAAAUUAUGGGUAGAUGUUUUACUGGCUUGAAUACAUGGACUAUUGAGGUUAGGAUAACAAAUUCGUCACAUACAAAUGUAUUAUUCCUAGAGUUAGAAGCAUAAUCUAAUAUAGAAACCUUUUUAUGAAAGAAAAUCGGAAGGAAUUGAAUACUGGUUUAUGGUAAGUAAUUGCAAAGACUUAUUGAAUCGUUUCUAAAGAUUUUAACUUCUGAUUAUCUUUAAAUUAACGGAUGCAAAACUAAUUCACAUUACUUAUUCUUAUACACUUGGUUAUAUUAAACCAAAUUUAUUUCAUUUUCAAACAGACUCUUAAUUGAGUAAUUAACUCCUUAAUUGACUCGCCUAAACGUCGUGUUAUGUUCGUUUUAACUCGUUAAAAUUACAUUAUUGCUUUCGUUCUGCCCAAUCACAUUGAUCAUAAGUAGUUUAUUAUAAAAUAUGAAAUUAAGCAAGGUCAAUUUUUAGUUCUAAUUGAGAUAAUUAAAACAUACAUUUUAUUAGACACUUCUAAGUACAUUGAAAUGUAUGUACAAGCACCAAUAGUUUAUAAUGUAGUAUUAGUGUAGAUACCAAUAUUUGGAAUAAAUAAGAUAGUUUUAAGCACAUUACUAAAAUAUAGAUCUGUAAGAUUGUACAUACUAUAUACAUAUAGAGAUAUAUAAAUGAGUAGUGAAUGUGCAAGAAAUGUAGGUUAUGCUAAGAGAGAAUUGAAACAUUUUAGUAAAACUGAGAAACGCUUUGGUAUACUAUUAAUGCUUUACAAGAAUUGAGAUUAGUGAAUUAGGAACGAUAUGAAUAGAGAACAAAUUUGUAAAAAAAACAGCAGCAACAAUGCGGUGAAAAUCUAUUUAUAAGUCUAGAACAAAAAUUAACAAAUUUUAAAUUAUGUAAAAAUACAAAAACUAAAAUUUAUGUUAAAAACAACUGUAAGUAAACUGUUAGAAACGAAACUUUAGAAAAUGAAUUUUAUUAGGUAUAAGUCGCGGGUCGCGGGUCGCGGGCCAAAACAUGAUUAAUGACUGCUGAAACAGUUCGAAAUUGCAAAAUGUCUCAUAGUACUAUAGGUUAUAUUUAUAGAUACAUAUGUGUAUGUACAUACUUGUAUAUGUCGUAGUUGCUCCUAUUUAUGCAUAAGGCCUUACACGUUCUCAAACAAAUUUUAAGUAAAUUAGUAGACUUAAAUGCAUAUAAUAGCGUUAGACUAACUAAUUGUACUUAAAUGAUAGAAAUUAAGUAUGAGUGCACUCGUCAAACCAAAAACGAUAAAUUAGUUUUAAUAUUAAGGCGUAUUAUAUAUUGUAUAUAAUAUAAUGAUGAAGCAUAUAGCACUAUUAAUAUGUAAAUAAUGUUAAAAAGAGCAAUUAGAGUAUGUGUUUGAGGUAAUAAAGUUGUUUAUCGUCAAAAACAUGUUAAUUUAGGUACUGUUGUGAAAGUUACACUGUGCAAAGAAAAUUUUGUAGAAUAAUAAAAAUUAAUAAAUAAUUUUUCCUGACUAAGUUAAGUGCUUUGCAUAUUUUUAAUCUUUUAUUCUCAAACUUGUUUAAAAAUAUUUUUUUUUUGUUUAUUUAAAGAUAAAUCUAAUUAAUUAAAAUUGUUUUUAUUUUAAGAAAUUUAACAAAUUAACUUAUGUAAAAAUACAAAAUUCAAUCCCAAUUAAGGUUUAAAAAACUACUAAGGAAUAAUUCUAAAAGCAUUAUAUAAAAUACAGGUGUAAUUUAAAUAUAAAUUUAAUAAAGUAAUAAUAUAUAAUAUAAUACAUUAAAUAAUAAAUUAAAAGACUAACAAUAAUUAAACUGAAACAAUUAAAUAUGAUAAUAAUAUAAUAAAUAUAUAAAAUCAUCAACUUUCACAUGCAAUUAUAAAAUAAAUAAAAUUUAAUAUAUUUAGGUAAAAAAAUAUAAAUAACAUAUAUAAUUAAAAUUAAAUUGUUUUGAUAUAAAUAUUAAAUAAAAGUUAAACUAUAAAAUGCACAAAAAAAUAAUUAAAUAAAAUAUUAUAUGAAAAAUUACAUCGACGUUUUUGUAAUAUAAUUAAAACAUGUAAGGAAAGGCUAAGUUCGGGUGCAACCGAACAUUUUAUACUCUCGCAAUUUAUUUAUAUAUUUUUAUUAAGAUAACACACAAUUUGACCCAAUUUGAAAAUCCUAUAAUUAGGUAUAUGAGAGCUAGGGGAAGUUAUGACACGAUUUUAACCAUUUGUGAUACAGAGACACACUAUUAGAAGAAACAUAUUUCCUCUGAAUUAAAUUAAGAUACCUGAGGGAUUUACCGAAAUUUUCGGUGGUGAAAUUACCGUGGGGUACUGAAUUCUUCAUAUUCGAUAUUCGGGGCUAUGAAAAGUUAUAGUCCGAUUUCGACACUUUUUUCACAAGUGAUGCCACAGAUCAUAUACAGUAUUUGUGUAAAGUUUUAUUUCGCUAUCUUCAUUGGUUCCUUAUGUAUAACUUAUAAAGUGAAGGAAUUAGCUGGAAUUCAAAUUUGAGUUAUAUGGGAAGUUGUCGUGGUUGUGAACCGAUUUUAUCCAUUUUCCACACGUGUCAUCAGGGUGUCAAGAAAAUAUUAUAUACCGAAUUUUAUUGAAAUCUGUCGAGUAGUUCCUGAGAUAUGGUUUUUGACCCAUAAGUGAACGAUGCCACGCCCAUUUUCAAUUUUGUAAAAAAAUCUGAGUGCAGCUCCCUUCUGCAAUUUCUUGUGUAAAAUUUAGUGUUUCUGACGUUUUUUGUUAGUGAGAUAAGCCACUUUUAGUAAUUUUCAACCUAACCUUUGUAUGGGAGGUGUGCGUGGUUAUUAGACGAUUUCAACUAUUUUCAUGGUGUGGUGGGGUACGUAAGAGAACCGACUGCAGAAAGUUUGGUUUAUAUAGCUUCAUUCGUUUGCGAGAUAUAUACAAAUAACCGAUUUGGGGGCGGUGUCACGUCCACUUCCCCAAAAAAAUUACAUCCAAAUAUGCCCCUUCAUAGUGCGAUCCUUUAUUAUAAAUUUUUCUUUUAUAACUUUACUUAUAGCUUAGUUAUGACACUUUAUGUGUUUUCGGUUAUCGCCAUUAUGUGGACGUGGCAGUGGUCCGAUUUUGCCCAUUUUCGAAAGCAACCCUCAGGAAAACAAGGAACAUGUGUUCCAAGUUUCAUUAAAAUAUCUCAAUUUUCACUUUUUUUCCUAUUUUGACUUGUCUCGUCACCCUGAUCAUUUUGAUAUAUAUAACCCUAUAUCUAACUCGUUUAGUUUUAUGACUUACAAACAACCGUUAUGUGAACAAAACUAUAACACUCUCUUAGCAACUUUUGUUGCGAGAGUAUACAAAUUAUAAUACUUUACUCUUUUUCCGAGUUUAAAAAAUCGUAAAUUCUUAAAUAAUGGAAAUUUGGAUGGAAGGAUAUUUUAAAAAUAUACACACCUGCUCAAAAAAAUAGGUACACCAAAAAUUUUCAAGCAAAACACAUCAAAAAUAAUUUUUAUUCACAUGUUUAAGAAAAGUGCAAAUAAGCUUCCUGGCUAUUCGUUUUGGUAGAUUGACCUUUUAGGAACUCCUGUGAACUGUUUGAGUACUAACUUCACUUCCAUUUUUUGCUGCCAUCGCCUCGGACGACUUGAAAAGGUCUUUUUUGCAAUAAUUAUCAUAAUUUUUCAUCACUCUCCAUGACUCUCCCUUUUAGAUUUUCAUUUUAAUGUAUUUUAACAAAAUUAUGAGACCUUUCCAUUAAUUUCCCAAUGACGUGAAGUGAAUUUCCUUACAUUCUGAGGUUUGAAACUAAUCGAACUUCUUCAAAGGUGGAGUGUGACUUGCGACCCAUCUAGUAUAUCCAAAAAAAAUUGUAAAACAUACAGAAUGAUGCUAAAAAUAUUCUAUAUUAAUUAAAUAAUGUUAAAUAUACGACAAAACAUUUGUAUCAUAAUUUAUUUUUUCGAAAAAAAAUAUAAAUUUAUUAAAAUUAUGCAAAGCACAUUAAUACAGUAAUUAUUGUUGGUUUCUUUAAAAACUUUAAAAAGCAUAUUCGAAACAAUAUUGCAAUAGUUUUAAUUUUAAUAAAAAAAUUAUAAAUUAUCCAAAGCAUUAAAAUCACAUUUUAAAUAAUUAAAAACACCUUGCAACAGAAAAUAAGUAGAAUAUAAAAAUACCAAAAACAAAAUUACUUUUGAAUUUAUUUUAGUAAUUACGAAAA